AUGGAGGUGAUUCACGCAUGGUCUGCUCCGAGAUCACUCAGCACCACUCUCAUGUACUCAUUUGCCCAGAGAGAUGACACUGAAGUACUCGACGAGCCAUUAUACGCUGCGUUCCUUAAGGCUACGGGUGCUGAUAGGCCAUACAGAGCUGAGCUCCUCUCUAAGAUGGAGUGUGAUGGGGAAAAGGUGGUGAAGGACAUUAUUUAUGGUCCAGGAAAGAAGAAGUAUAGGUUUUGUAAGCAUAUAUCGAAACAGCGACUUCUUGGUUUGCCAAGUGAACUAAUGAGUAAAGGAAAGCACUUUAUAUUGAUACGCAACCCGCUUAACAUAUUGCCUUCCUUUGAGAAGAUACACCCUUUGUCGUUUCUCGAAUUGGGACUGGGUGAGUUAGUUUCGAUAUACAGUGAUCUCUGUCAUAUGGGAACACCACCAGCAAUCAUCGAUGCAGAUGAGCUUCAGCGAGAUCCAGAGGCUACAUUACGUGGUCUUUGCAAUGACUUGGAGAUCCCAUUCCAAGCCUCUAUGCUUAAAUGGGAGGCAGGUCCUAUACCAGAAGACGGUCUAUGGGCUUCAUGGUGGUACAAGACUCUUCACAAAUCAACGGGGUUUUCGCCUCCGAGGAAAUAUCCUCAUACAUUCCCUUUGAGGCAUUACGAUUUGCUGGAGCAGUGUUUACCACUAUACAACAUUCUCAGGCGCCAAGUGAAGCACAAGUCGUCUCUCUUGACCAGCACCUUAACUCCUCCCAGUCUUCCAGUUCCUGAAAAUGCUAAACUUUUUGCUUGGGUUGGUGAUGAGAUUGUGCCACGUGAGAUGGCGAAGGUUUCUGUUUUUGACUCGGUCGUGCAAGGCGGCGACUCUGCAUGGGAAGGUCUUCGAAUAUACAAAGGGAAAGUAUUCAAGCUUGAAGAACAUCUAGACCGGCUGUUUGAUUCAGCAAAGGCUCUUGCUUUCGACAAUGUCCCAACCCGGGAGGAGGUAAAAGAAGCCAUCUUCAGAACUCUCAUAACCAAUGGAAUGUUUGACAAUACACAUAUAAGACUGUCUCUAACUCGAGGCAAAAAGGUCACUUCUGGAAUGAGCCCUGCAUUUAACCGUUAUGGAUGUACUUUGAUCGUGCUUGCCGAAUGGAAGCCUCCGGUCUACGACAACGAUGGUGGUAUUGUGCUGGUUACUGCAACUACACGCCGCAAUUCACCCAAUAAUUUAGAUUCCAAGAUUCAUCAUAACAACCUCCUCAAUAACAUACUUGCAAAGAUUGAAAGCAACAACGCCAAUGCGGAUGAUGCAAUCAUGCUUGACAAGGAUGGAUUCGUGUCUGAAACCAAUGCAACCAAUAUUUUUAUGGUGAAGAAAGGCCGAGUUUUCACUCCUCACGCAGAUUACUGUCUCCCUGGCAUUACCCGAGCUACUGUCAUGGAAUUGGUGGUGAAAGAGAAUUUCCUCUUAGAAGAACGAAACAUCAGCUUGUCCGAAUUCCAUACAGCUGAUGAGGUUGUGAAAAUUGAUGGGCGUGUGAUCGGUGAAGGAAAAGUAGGACCGGUAACAAGAAGACUGCAAAGUGCUUACAAGAAACUAACGGAUGACUCGGGCGUCCCAAUACCUACUUACCAAGAACCUUGA